GUGUAAAUCAUCGUUUGUCUGUCGAGAUUGCUUUUAGCGCAUGUCAUCGUUUUCCAUUGUGGACCGUCAAAAGAAGUUGGGACGAAUCAUGAACAAGAAUGUCGAGAUAUUUUCCUAAACUCGUAUUUCUGUUGUGGGCUUACCUACUCAUUGCAUCGUUUUUGCUCUUUUAUGCGUUGGUUCUUCUGGUUUUAGCUUCCUUUCAACGCCGCGAUGUGAUGUCCUUUGGCUUUGCCUCCUACUAUGGCAACCACAUGGUGCUGCAAAAGUCUCCGGAGAGAGCGAUUCUGUGGGGUUAUGGCAACCCUGAAGGUGCCCAAGUCACAGUCUACUUGUCAGGACCACUGAAAUACAACAGCUCACCAGUCACUGUGGAGAACGGCACCUGGCGAGUCACCCUGGACCCCAUCGAGGCUGGCGGUCCCUACAAUGUGACUGCAACUCUUCAGAACAGUUCAGCCACUCUGACGGAUGUCCUGUUCGGCGACAUUUGGCUUUGUGGUGGCCAGAGCAACAUGUACUUUAAAACAUCUCAGAUUUUCAACGCAUCUGAGGAACUCUCUCUCGCAUCCAAGUAUCCUCACGUGAGGCCUUUUAUGGUUGCCUUGAAGACGAGUGACACCGAGCUGACCGAUCUGAAUGGAGUGACGCUUCCAUGGUCUGUCCCGACAGCAAGUUGUGUGUCGCAGUUCUCUGCCGUGUGUUGGCUCUUUGGACGUUACAUGUACGAGAAACUGAAGUACCCAAUAGGACUGGUGGAGUCCUGUUGGGGGGGCACGCCCGUCGAAGCCUGGUCAUCUUCAAGAGCGCUUCAGCAAUGUGGGCUGGACCAGACUAAAAAGUACCGCUCACCAACUGACAACUCUGUCCUGUGGAAUGCGAUGAUCCACCCACUGCUUAACAUGACACUCAAAGGAGCUCUGUGGUACCAAGGGGAAAGAAAUACUUAUUAUCAUCAAAACAAGUACAACUGCUCUUUCCCUGCCAUGAUUGAUGAUUGGAGGAUGGCAUUUCACCUGGGCUCAGGCGGGCAAACUGCUAUGGACUUUCCCUUUGGAUUUGUCCAGCUGUCCACCAACAUAAAAGGCUCCAAGGAUGAUGGCUUUCCAAACAUCCGCUGGCACCAGACAGCCGACAAAGGCUUUGUUCCCAACUCUCGUCUGCAAAGGACCUUCAUGGCCGUGGCUUUGGAUUUACCAGAUGAGACCUCACCGUACGGCAGCAUCCACCCUCGUGACAAGCAGGACGUAGCAUACAGACUGACACUUGGAGCACGAGCGGUGGCCUACAACGAGACGGAUGUGGCCUUCCUUGGCCCUUUCCCGAAACAAAUCCUGUCCACUGCGAUGCAUGUCAACAUCACCUACGAUCAAGCUGUCGCUGUCAAGUCAUCUAAGGACGUCUUUGAGAUCUGCUGCUCGCAGUCACAGAGUCCAUGCGGGCCCAAGUCCCUCUGGGUUCCAGCUCCCAUCAUCCAGUGGGCUGCCACCACCGUCCAGCUAGCAGCCGGCGUCUGUCAAGCCACGGCUGAAGUCGCAGCUCUGCGAUACGCGUGGAAAGACUGGCCGUGUGAUUUUAAAGCAUGUCCCGUUUACGGCGCAAACACUGCAUUACCUGCACCCCCUUUCAUUUUCAAUCGCUAUCAAGCUAAUAACUAUUCUUUUUGGAAAUCAUUUUUGGGGGGUGAAUCUCUCUGAAUUAUUCGUUGUUGAGAUGCACUGGAGUUUGUAUAAAAUUCUUGCUAUUUUUAGAAAACCGCUGACGAAUUGCUCUGCUCCCAAGACUAUAUGAUGGCCAGAUGUUUUUAUUUAAAUGAACACUUUCGCAGACAAAUCACUGUUUCUCAUUCACAGAAUUUGAACAAAUAAAAAGAUUUCAGCAUCUUGAA